GUUUCUGUGGUGAGUGUAGAUACCAAAUCAAACCGUACGGCACCAUCCUGCACGCUUCACCAUGGACGAGCUCGAUAUGCUCUUGGAGGAGUUGGCUCUGACCUCCUCAAAAAGCUUGCCUGCACCAGCCCCUCCUCAGACGCUCGCCCUCAGCACCUCGGACAAAACGGCCACAAUAAGUGUGUCUGCACAGGGUCAGUCCUCUGGUGUCGGGUCAGGACAGGGCGGAGCCAAAAAUGUGUACAGUGAGUUGCCUGCUCCAGUGGAGGCUGAAGUGAUGAGUCCAGGAACGGCCAGUCGAGAGCUGGACUCCAUCAUGAACGAGCUGCUGGGGCUGGGGCUGGAGGUUCCGGACGAGGUGCCUCUAUCUAAACCUCCACCACUGGCCGAAAAGUCAGAAAAGGAAAAGAAAGACGGUGCUGAUGGAGACAAACGAGAGGGCAGUAACGCCACCAACAACGUCCAGAGUGAUAAAAGAUUGCAGAGACAGAUGUCGAAGAACAUCGAUGCCAUCGAUGACCUGCUGGGUUCACUCAGCUCAGACAUGGAGAAGAUGGGCGUGCGCACGGCAGCCAAGGGUCACUGCGCCUCCUGUGGCAAAUGCAUUGCUGGAAAGAUGAUCACAGCUCUUGGUCAGGUGUGGCACCCGGAGCACUUUGUGUGUGUGGUCUGUAAAGAGGAGCUGGGUACGCAGGGUUUCUUUGAGAGAGAUGGGAAGCCGUACUGUGAGACUGAUUAUCAGAACCUGUUCGCACCGCGCUGUGCGUACUGCAAGGGCCCAAUUCUACAGAAUAUCCUGACAGCGAUGGACACCACAUGGCACCCAGAGCACUUCUUCUGUACACACUGCGGAGAACGCUUUGGAACUGAAGGGUUCCUGGAGCGUGACGGGAAGCCGUACUGCCCGGUGGACUUCUAUCGCCUGUUCGCUCCAAAGUGUUCGGGCUGCGGAGAGCCGGUCAGAGAGAAUUACCUUUCAGCCGCCAACGGCACCUGGCACCCCGACUGCUUCGUCUGCGCUGACUGUCUGAAGCCCUUUACUGACGGCUGUUUCCUGGAGAUGGACGGUCGUCCUCUGUGUUCUCUGCACUAUCACUCCAGGCAGGGGACCCUGUGCGGGACGUGCGGAACGCCGAUCUCCGGCCGCUGCAUCGCCGCUCUCGACCGAAAGUUCCACCCCGAACACUUUGUGUGUGCGUUCUGCCUGCGGCAGCUCAGUCAGGGGGUGUUUAAGGAGCAGGGCGGGAAGCCUUACUGCGGCCCCUGCCACAGCAAACUCUUCAUGUAGACCAGCAGUCCUGAAACUAUAAAUAUUGCACCUCCUUUCCUCCUCCCCAGCUCCAGCACACCUGGUUAAAGGGCAGGCACACUGAUUUUUCAGAAUUUCAGCAGAAUGAAAUGGUUACCAUGUAAACAAAGUCAUUCAGAGUGGUUUGAUGUGAAAAUGCUUCGUUUUCUAGAGAACGCUGGAGGUGAUGGGAGCCAGACGUCUAAACAGUUUAAUGCCUCUAAACGCUCUCUCACAGAAAGUUAUAACAUGAAAUGGUUAUGUUGCAUUAUGUCUGAGACGUUAUGUUACAGUUGUAUUUCGAUAAUAUGUUGGGUUUUUUAAAUGCAUUCAUGGUGGAGAGGUGAUUUAAGGCUAAAUUAAGGUAACACUUUAUUUGGAUGGUCCACUGUAGAUUCUUUGUAAAUGUUUAUAUUUUUAAGUAACAUUCAACUAAAUAUCCAUUAAAUUCAACGGAACUUCAAGUUUAGUGUGAAAGGAUAUCCCUAACCCUAAACCUAACCCUCACCUUAACCUCAAGGUAAAACCUACAUCUACUCCUAACCCUAACCCCAACCAUAAUGUUGUUGAUAAUCAACUGAACAUCACCAGAAAGUUAAUGAUUGAAGUCUCUGUAAAGCAUCUAUAAUAGUUUAUUGUUAGCCAGCUGUUUCAACAUCUCCAGCUCACAUGGCUUGUCUAACGUUUUGGUUGUAGUUAUUCUCACCUCUCCUUUGAUUUAUCACUCUCUAGAUGUUAGCUGAUGUUAUUAUUCUUGGAUAGCUGUGAAGGAAUUUUUCCACAAAGCAUUUAUGUCCUUACUUCCCACAGUGUUGCAUGUUUGGUCCUCCAACAGUUCUGGACACACCCUCGAAUUUCUAUCUUGGCAACUGUGAGCUGAAGUGAUACGAACACCUGUAUUUAACUGAUCCAUAAAGCAAUAGCGGAGCUUGUUUUAAGCAACGUUUUUGCACUUCUGUUUCUUGUGAAAAGAGCCUGAUUCAUAGCACCGCCACUAUAAAGACAACCAAGUCGGUAAGUUUCUCGACAAUAAACCAUUUCAUAUCAAACCACUCUGAAUGACUUUGUGCCAAUCUCAGUGGCUGAAUUAGCGUUUUUCCUCUUCAACCCCCAAGCCCAGUUCACACUCACCUGGUGAGAUGAGACAAUGAUGUUUUAGCCAUUUUAAAGUGAUGGAGAGCAAUGUUUUAACAAAAUGAUCCCACCCUACUGAUAUCCAAAAGUAUCCAGACGCCUAUUCCAAUUAGUAAAUUCAGCUCCUGGAACAAAGGGUCCAUGUCUUAUAUUUUUCUUGUCUUUCAUUUUUUCCGUUGAGGUUUACGUUUGACAUUUGAUGUUUUUGUGGUUGUAUGUGUCAUAAUUAGUUGUUAUAGAACUAAAUAGACUGUUUUGUGCCUUUAAGACUAACCUAGGCAAAUGAUAUCUGCUCUGAUUGGCUGCCCUGUAAUAUACAUCACUCAAGAAAUAGUCAGGACUCAAACACUGCUUGUAACUUCAAUGGACGUGGCUAACCAGCUGCAUGGUAAAUAGACAGGUGUGUGUAAAUCCGCUGGACUCUGUGACAUUUUAGCUGUUUUUGCAGCAUAGUUUCCAUAUAUGGACUGUAUGAACUGGUGAAGGUCUAAAUACUACUUCAUACUCAGAAAUUCGGUUCCAUGGUAUGGUCCCUUUGAAGUGCACCCAUUGACACAGGCGUUCAUCAGUGAACACAUUUUUUAUAUCAUCUCCAUAGAAAAGCACUGAGCAAUAGAAUGGGGUGCUCAGGUGCAGCCACACUUAGGGGCAAUUUAGCAUGCCCAAUAGGCCUGACCGCAUGUCUUUGGACUGUGGGAGGAAACCAGAGCACCCGGAGGACCCACAGAGACACAGGGAGAACGUGCAAACUCAGAACAUGCAAACUUCACACAGAAUGAACCAUGGUUACCCGGCCGAGGAACUGAACCCAGACCCCUCUUGCUGUGAUGCAACAGUGCUACCCAUUGUUAAAUGAUUUUGUCUACCUAAGUGAGUUUAGAGCUUUGAUAUCAAAAAAUAAACUGUGUAGCUGAUGACAGUAUUUGCUUUUACUAAGCUGGGUUUUGUGUUUUAUAUUACAUGUCUGUUGUGUUUUGUCUGUUUUGAAAACGCUCUAUUUGAAAUUCCUGUACCUGGAAACGAUGCUAUCUUGGCCGGGUCUCCCUUGAAAAAGAGAUUUAAAUCUCAAAGGACUUCCUGGUUAAAUACAUAAGAAAGAGUAACCUUGAAAACAGGCAGGAUUGCAUUUUAUGGCUACUCUGAAGUAAAAUUCCAUGACGCUUUUA